AUCCCCCGAGAGGCCAUGGGCUUUAGGGACUACCCGUUCGUCCCCAAAGACAACCUGGACAGAGACCCGAGACGGUUCCCGAGUCACCGAGAGGUUCUGAUGUAUCUGCAAGACUUCACGCGCGAGUUCAGGAUUGAUGAGUUGGUGAGGUUUGAAACGGAGGUAGUGCGCUUGAGAUUCGUGGAGGGGGAGGAGAAAUGGAAAAUAAAAUCAAAACAGAGGUCAGGCACAGAAAUGGGUUUGGAAUUGGAUGAGAUAUUUGACGUUGUUGUUGUAUGCAAUGGCCAUUUCACCGAACCUCGUGUCGCCUAUAUUCCUGGAAUAAAUGAGUGGCCUGGGAAGCAAAUACAUAGCCACAAUUAUCGUGAUCCAGAACCUUUUCGAGAUCAAGUUGUAGUUUUGAUUGGGAAUUCACUUAGUGCAUUUGAUAUUUCUUGGGAAGUAGCUGGAGUUGCCAAAGAAAUCCACAUUGCAGCUCGAACGGUCAUGGAUGGAACAUUUGGAAAACAGCCUGCCUAUGAUAAUAUGUGGCUUCAUCCUAUGAUAAAAGAUGUAUGUGAAGAUGGUUCUGUAAAUUUUCUAGAUGGGAGCAUUGUCAUUGCGAACAUCAUUCUACACUGCACAGGGUACAAGUAUCAUUUUCCUUUUCUUGAAACCAAUGGCAUUGUGACUGUGGAUGACAAUCGUGUUGGGCCACUAUACAAGCAAAUAUUUCCACCAGCCUUGGCUCCACGGCUCUCCUUCGUUGGAUUACCUUGGAAGGCCAUUCCUUUUCCCAUGUUUGAAUUACAAAGCAAGUGGAUAGGUGGUGUUUUGUCUAAUCGAUUCACGCUUCCAUCACAAGAGGAGAUGAUGGGAGAUGUUGAAGCCUUCUACUCAUCACUUGAAACUUUUGGCACUCCAAAGCGAUACACUCAUUGUUUGGGUGAUAAUCUGGUAAAGUACAAUAAUUGGCUUGCGAGUCAGUGUGGAUGUCCUGCAUUUAAAGAUUGGAGAAUGCAAAUGGUUUUGGUCACUAUCAAGAGCACACUAACUCAUCUUGGAUCUUACCGUGAUGAAUGGGAAGCUCAGCACUUGGUUUUGCAAGGUUAUGAGGAUUUCAUUAAGCACACCUCAAAACAAGUUUGCUAG